AUGGUUCCCUGCUGCUCUAAGGAUACAGUUCACACCUUGCUGAGCACUCAGUCUGCUUCACAGAUGGCUCUCAUUGCUGUCCUGUCCUUCCUUCAUGAGCUCUCCAAGCUGGGCCUGGGGUGUGACAUGGAGGUGGAGCUGCGGACCCUUCAGCUGCCAGUAGAUUACAGGGAGGCAAAGCAGAGAGUCACCCGAAUCUGGGAAGAUCUUCAACCGCAACUUGCUGUGCACGUGGGCGUGGAUACCUCCGCCAAGGCGAUUUUUCUGGAACAGUGUGGCAAGAACCGAGGCUACUGGGAUGCUGACAUCCGGGGCUUCCGGCCCAAGGCGGGUGUGUGCCUACCGGGCGGCUCAGACAUGAUCGUGUCACAGGUCAGCAUGAAGGCAGUCUGCAGGCGCGUUGCCGUCGAGGAUGUCGAAGUAGCUUUCUCCCGAGAUGCUGGCAGAUAUGUCUGCGAUUACACCUACUACCUGUCUCUGCAUCAUGGAAAUGGGUACGCGGCACUCAUUCAUGUCCCUCCACUGUCGCGUGGGUUCCCUGCCAGCCUGCUGGGAAAAGCCUUGCAAGUCAUCAUCCGGGAAAUGCUGGAGGAGAGAAAGCCCAAGCGCGAAGCUUGGUUCAUGGAAAACUCGGCCUCAAUGAUUCCAGCCCAGGAGAACUGA